ACAUCAACAAACCUCACCAGACCUAAACAUUUUGUACAAACAACUAUUUCUUAUUUACUAUACACAAACCCACAAUCAUGUCUUCUCCCAACAACAAGUCACCUUCUGCUCUCAACCUCGAUGGCGCCGGCGACGAGAAACCCAGGCUGACUGAAGAGGAAAAGAAGCAAAACCACAUUGCAUCAGAACAAAAGCGUCGGCAAGCAAUCCGCGAAGGCUUUGAUCGUCUGACAGAGCUUGUGCCCGGCAUGGAGGGACAGGGGAGAUCCGAGGGCCUUGUUCUCAAGCGUACAGUGGACUACAUGCAUGAUCAGAUUGCAGAGCGACAAAGAUUAAUUGCACGAAUUGAAGCUGCUGGCGGCCAAGUGGAUGAGCAACACAAGAGGGUUUUAUACCAGCAAGCUCAACAAUUUUCAAACUUGCAAAAUCAAACAAGAAACUAGACUGCCCACUCGAGUGGUCAUGAUCCUAUUGCCGACGGGUUAGUGCCUCGAUUAUUGGCAUCAUUCAAACAUCACCAUCCUCGGACGUGGGGCAAUGGCUCUCAAACCACUCGAUACUACCUACGUUACUCAACCAGUGUCCGUCCUAGUGUAACUCCACCUGCAAUAUUGCAGAGACGCGCAACUGAAGCUGCUUCCACUCAUGGCACAGCUGAGGAAGGAAGACUGGUGUGUAGGUGAUGAUAAUAAUGAAUUAAUGAAUAAUAUUUUUUUUACACUUGUUGUUACAUCCUAAAAAUACGUG